AUGACACUCUCAAAUCGCGAAGACCAAAACGUGGAGUUCGACUUUCUCCGUCCCCUAUUCCUAUUCCACGUUAGCCACCAGUUCACGCGAGAUAUAGGCGCAUGCUUGUGGCAAAAUGCCAUCAUCAAAUUCGAAACUCCGGAGAGUGUUUCUUCCCCUUCAUCGCUCCUCGGCCUGCGAUCGUCGAUUCUAUCAAGUUUAUCGAACUGGAACUUCAAUUAUUCGAGGAUUGGUUCGACAAUUAAUCGGACACUGUUGUUGCCAUAUGCUAGUUUAUUUCGGAGUAUAUGGAUCUGCGGUAUGUGUACAAAACCAGGAUAUGCCAUACUCCGUACUCUGCAGGCAGUAUGUGAAAGCUUAGUUAUGUGA